AUGCACAUCUUGCACAUAGUUCUCCUCGUCCUACUGUUGACACCAACAUCUGAAGCCCUGAGGUUUGCAGCAGUUGGUGGAAGUUCAGAUUUCUUUUUACCAGUUGAGCAGGGUUGGAAAGAUGCUUGCCAAAGGCUUGGUGUGGAUUGCACCUACAUCUCACCUGAUUUCAACAAUCUUGGCAUCGGAACAACCUCUGCGGAUGUUUGUGAAUCAAUUAUUUUGCAGCUAAGAAAAGAGGGUUUGGAUGGACUCGCUUUGGGAAACGCGGGCUGUGAUGGAAACAGAAUGGCCCCGAUCGUCACAGAACUGGAAAAUAAAGGCAUCCCAGUCGUCUUGUUCGAUCGGGAUUUUGUGCCUGCCAAUAGAACUGCCUACGUUGGAACUGAUAACGAGAUGAUGGGAAGAACAAUGGCUCGUCUUCUCAAGCAACUAAGACCGGAGGGCGGAACUUACGUUGUAGUAGCCAGUAUCGCAGAUAGAACCAAAGGAUUUGUUGAGGAAAUUACAAGAGACAAUGGCCGCGAUGAUCGCGCACACUGGAAUGAGAUAGAAGAUCUGACCAUCACCAAUGAUCUAGUUGGAUCAGCGCGAUAUGUGGACCUCAUGGACCAGUACGCCGAGAAACACAGUCCUUCGGCAUUCAUUAUCAUGAGGCAAACCCCAAUGCGAUUUGUUAACUGGACCCAGCACGUCGACAUUCAUCGCCAUCGUGACAUCACAUACAUUGGAACAGAUGGAUCAGACUAUCAACUAAGCUACCUUCACCAAAAAUAUGUUGAUGGAUUAAUCGGUCAGUUGCCAUAUGAGUUCGGAGCCAGUUCGUUGCAAGUUUUGUAUGAUGUUGUGGUGGAAAAGAAGGAAGUUGACAGUAUUGUUGCGACCAAUCUUGUCACCUACAACCUGAUCCCAUUGGAACUGCCUGAUUUGGAUGUGAAUCAGAACUUGUUGAACGACUUGAAGUACAUUGGAUGGAUCUGUUUCGGGCUUAUUGCACUGUCCGUCAUCGCUUGCAUCACAUGGACAUAUGUGAACCGAGAAAGUAUUGUUGUCCGGGCUUCCCAACCUAUAUUUUUAAUUAUGACAGCUGUUGGGGUGUUGAUCAUGGGGAGUACGCUUAUUCCUCUUUCAUUUGACGAUGAGGGUAAUUCCUAUGCGAUAAGUGAAUUUAAGCGCAUUGGGAUUUGCAUGAGUAUUCCGUGGUUGGCAUUUACGGGGUUUACGGUCACUUUUUCUGCCUUGUUCAGCAAAACUUGGAGAAUCAAUACACUGGUCACUAUGUCGACACAUUUUGUUCGAGCCAAUGUGGAGAACAGGGAUGUACUUGGUCCAUUUCUUGCAUUGAUGACAUGCAACUGGAUCGUGUUGUUGACUUGGACCUUUAUUGAUCCACUGAAGUACAAUCGGGAAUACCUCCCGGGAACAGAUAUUUGGAAUCGCGAAUUCGCUUCUGCUGGAUCCUGUCAAUCCGAAAACAGUGUCGCAUAUUUGGUUCUUUUGGGCUUGUUGAAUCUUUUUGUCCUGGCAAUCGCUUGUUUCCAAGCGUUCAAGGCAAGAAAUAUUCAGACUGAAUUCUCCGAAGCAACCUACAUUGGUCUGGCGAUGUUCACUCUUGUUCAAGCAUACUUGAGUGGAGUCCCGAUCGUGGUCGUCGUGAGAGAGAUACCUGUUGCCUUCUACUUGGUGUCGACCUUUUUGAUCUUCCUGUUGUGUAUGGCCAUCAUCCUCUUCAUUUUCUUGCCCAAGGUAUCCUUGCAGAAAAAGUACAAGAAGAUGCCACCACAGGAGCAACAAGCCCAGAUGGCGAAAAAGCUCAAGAAGAGUAUGAAUCUGAGUAGUUCAGGUAUAACUGGAUCUAGUUUACAUGGGGGAGAUCACUUCGUGGGAGAUACGCCAUCAGGUAGCAAUGGGAGUAGUACUAUUGGGCCCCAACAGAAAGCAAUUCUGGAGGACAGCGAAUUAUUCAAAGCAAAACAACAAGUCGAAAUGAGCGAAUCGAGUAUAAACCAGGAAGAGGUUCGGUCAAUCUGA